CUUGAUAUCGUAGUAACUGAUAUUCUUUCAAAUGCUGACAUUAUCUGCUGCCAUUUGUAUUCUUCCUGCUGUCUUUAUGACAUCAGUGAUAGCCUCAUCCAACAUCACCUACAAUGUGAUCUCUUUGGUCCCUAAUAACACCACAGUGGGUGUUAUUAUUGAUAGCCAGGUAUACCCUUUAAGUACCGUCAGCGACGACUCUGCUCUACUUCAUAUCGGUCAAGCUCCCGCGGCUGAUACCUACAAGUAUGCUUUACUUUUCAAGGAAAACACCACCAUCAUUGAAACCGAAAGCUUCGCUCGUAAUGGUACCAAUGAAGACACAUUAAACGAAUACUAUGGCAGAUCUUGGAACUCUUGGGCGUUGGAUAAAAUUCCUACAAUACUUCCACCUCUUCCUAUUAUUGAUCGUAUCGAAUCUAAACUUCAUAUCGACGGUGAAAUUCCUACUAUCCAUUUAACCGGAAACCAAACAGCUAUUGAUUAUAUGCAUGCCAAUCAAGAAAGUAAAGAUAUUGAUAUCUACUUAAAUAUGACGUAUAUAAGCCCAAACGCUGUGAAAAGCUAUCAAAACAUUUCAGUGGCUAUUUCGGGGCAUAGUACAAGAUCUUAUGCAAAGUUGUCUUACAAGCUAAAACUUCAAAAGGACGACGACCUGUACCACUACCGUCAAUUGAAACUGAGAUCAAUGGCUACCGAUUCCUCCUACAUGCGAGAAGAGCUGGCAUACGACAUUGCUGAGUCUAUCGGUAUCCCUUCAUCAAGAUAUAGUUAUGCGCGUCUUUACAUAAACGACCAACCACUUGGACUUUUCGGAUUUUCAGAAAAUCUCAAGAAUCCAUGGAUCAAGAAUGAGUUUGCAGCUGGGUCCAAGAAAUACGUACGAGGCACUUUAUUUGUUACAGAUGUUUCAGGAGGUCAAUCAACGGGUGGUGGUCAAGUCAUGGGCAAUCAAACUACCAACACAAUGGAUCAUCAAGCUACUGGUGCAAUGGGAAAUCAAACAAAUGGUGGCUCUCCUCCACAAAAUCAAACUGAUGGUGGGAUGGGCGGUGGCGGCGGUGGGGGAGGAGAUUUAGUUAGCAGUGCAAGUACUUCUGAUUUAUCUUAUCUUGGGGACAAUGUUACCUUAUAUAGCGCCGGUCAGUAUUCUCUUAAAGAAGACCCUUCAACAGGAACAGCCAACUACACACGUAUCAUGGACUUGACUAAAUUUAUCUCGGAACAAUCCAACACCACAUCAGACGACUCUGCUAUUUCUCUCUGGCAAGAAAAGAUGGAUACAGAUAGUUUUCUUCGCGGCCUGGCUCUUGAGAUUGUCAUCUCCAACUCAGAUGCAUACUUCACGAUGGCUAAUAACUAUAUUUUGUACGACGACUUAGAAAAUGAACGCUUGUUAUUCAGUGGCCAAGAUUUUGAUUUAUCCAUGGGUCAUACCAUGUACAACGUCACAUUGAUGAAUGGAGCAAACUACACAGAGUACCCCGGAUUCUCUACCCGUCCUUUGAUGACAAGAAUGCUUCAAGUACCACAAUUCAAGCAAGAUUUUGAAAAUUUACUUGUGAAUAUCACAAAAGAGCUUGUCAAUCUUGAAAUCUUGGAAACACGUAUUGAUCAGAUUGCCGCUAUGAUUACAGAAGAUGUUGCUUGGGACAAGUCGUGUGCUCGUGUCGGUUCUUCCUCCUCCUCGGGUGGUGGAGUAAGCAGUGCGGAUUCAAACACUACCUCGACCGAUAUUGACUUUGUAAGUGCUGUCAAUGGGCCUACUAAUGUUUCAAAUAACUUGGGCAUAAAGGAAUGGUUGAGCCUUCGUAGUACCAACUUGUUGUCCUAUUUUAACCAGACAAUGUAAUUUAUAACAAUAACCCCAAGAUACUGUAUACCUGAAAUAAAAUACCGCAGAGAAAAUGUUUAUAACAAA